UGGAGCGCGUUACAGUUUGUACGUAUGCCCCCCUAGUUUGAUACAGUAUGUGUGAGUCACUUCACUUUAAGCGCAAAAGUGCUGCCGGUUGUGCGCGGCCUCGACGGACAGUGAGCGCGUGCCCAACAUCCGUGUCGCCGAGACCAAAGUUUACUUUUUGGAAGUAACGCUGGCCGAAGCGGCACUUACAGCACGAGCCAAACAAAAAGUUACCGUAAGGUUUUGGCAGAAGCCCGGUUUAUUGUUAAAAUGGCUGAAGGAAAUUCAAAGACGGAAAGAAUAUCCCCCGUGAAAAAUUUUUUUGCAGGAGGAUUUGGCGGAGCUUGUCUUCUUUUAGCUGGCCACCCUCUGGAUACUAUUAAGGUUCGACUACAAACCCAGUCUAGAAGUACUGUGCUUUAUUCGGGAACAUUGGAUUGUUUGAAGAAGACAGUGGCCAAAGAGGGGGUGCUGGGGCUCUACAAAGGCAUGGGGGCUCCUCUUGCAGGUGUCUCACCAAUGAUGGCAAUUGGUUUUUUUGGCUUUGGUUUGGGCAAGCGUCUUCAGCAGAAUGAGGUUGGCCAUCCCCUAACGUAUCCACAAGUUUUUGCAGCUGGCAUGCUGGCUGGAUUACUUACCACCGUCAUUGUGGCACCUGGAGAAAGAAUCAAGUGCUUGUUACAGAUACAGGCAAACUCUGGACUGGUGAAAUACUCUGGGCCUGUGGACUGCGCCGUGCAGCUCUACAGAGAGCGAGGAAUCCGGAGUGUCUUUAAAGGAACUGGGCUGACCCUCAUGAGAGAUAUUCCUUCUUCGGGCAUUUACUUCAUGAGUUAUGAGUGGCUAAAAAAUACAUUAACGCCAAAAGGACAAAGCCAUACUGAUCUGAGCAUCCCCAGGGUCCUGUUUGCUGGGGGGGUGGCAGGGAUCCUUAACUGGGCAGUGGCAAUACCAAUUGAUGUGCUGAAAUCCAUCUUCCAGACAGCCCCUGAUGGCAAAUACUCAGGCUUUCGUGAUGUAUUUAGAGAGCUUGUCAAAGAAGAAGGCAUCACUUCACUGUACAAGGGCUUUACUCCCGUGAUGUUACGAGCAUUCCCAGCAAAUGCGGCCUGCUUCCUUGGAUUUGAGCUCUCCCUGAAAUUCCUAAACUGGUUACUCCCAGACAUUUAAGCACAAAUGCCAUUCUAUAGAAGGAAAAAAAGCAUGAAAAAAAACAAUCAUGUGAGAAAAAAGGAUACUAAAGAAUGUUUUUGAAGUGUCUAUGGCCAAGGUAAUUGUCCUAGACACAGCAUCAUGGUCUUAUUUUAACUGUCUGUAUAUCCAUAUAAAAGAGACAAUCAAUUCCUAAAUUACAACUGUGAUGUCCACACAUUAACAGCUGAUUAACUACAGACUAUGUUAGAAUUUCUCUCAUUUUGUAGCUGCUCAACUCAACAGAAUGUACGACUCUUUUUAAAAUUGUAUUAAACAUAUACCUCCAAUACCAAUACAUGAUUCUCCCUGUAGAGGAUUCUCGUACUGUUCAAUGAAAGAAAAGGAACUGGUCUUGAAGAUGAUGAUGCCUGCCUACAGCAGCAUACGCUCAUGUUUACACCCACACUAUGGGAAAGUUUACAGUCUGCAGAUAGGCUGACAAACAUUGUUGGACCAUGGGAAGAAACAGAUGUCCAUUGAGGAAAUGGAUACAGAACUGACACAGAAGACACACGAUCUGAGAAUAAAACCAAGAUCCAAAUACUUAGGUGGUAACACUAUGCAACCAGUGAUAUAAAUAUUCAAACUGUACCUUUUUAUAUUCUCUUUUAUAAUAAAUGAACAUGGACAUUGCUGAAAUUUCAUACAAGAAUUAAUGUCUUGCAUUUUAGUGUAAUUUCAAACAAUAAUUGUUUUGCACCGUAUAUACUUGAAUAUAACAAUUUCUAAACAGCUACUUUGUGAAGAAUAUUUCACAAUUUAUGUAACAGGUGAAGUUUUGUCUUAUUUUUAUGUUAAAUUUGUAUCUGUUUAAUGCCAUCAUAACUUUAUAAACUUGUGAAACGCUCAUGCUACAUGAUAUUUUAUUCAAUCUUGAUGAUUUACUUUGCAGGAUUGUACCAAUACUGUACCAAUUUAAGGUCAAAGGGAGUUCCAAUCCAUCCUACAGUUGUGCUUGAAAGUUUGUGAACCCUUUAGAAU